CACUUGCCGGACAGACCGGGUGGCAGAGGGACGCGGCCGUGGCGCGAUCGCUCCGGGCUCCCCGACGCGCUCCAGCCGCAGCCCCGCGCUCUCCCCGCGCCGCCGCCCGCUGCCCUACCCGAGCGCCCGCGCCGCCGCUCCCUGCUCCCGGCGGGAAGGACAAUGGAGGCGCGAAGCGCGGGCCGCGUCCCCGCGCUGCUGCUGUGCCUGGGUUGCCAUCUUCUCCAAGCAGUUUUCGGCACCACCGUGAUUCCUUCAUGCAUCCCAGGAGAAUCCGAAGAUAACUGUACAGCUUUAGUUCAGACAGAAGACAAUCCACGUGUGGCUCAAGUCUCAAUAACAAAGUGUGGCUCUGACAUGAAUGGCUUCUGUUUGCAUGGACAGUGCAUCUACCUGGUGGACAUGAGUGAAAAUUAUUGCAGGUGUGAAGUGGGUUACACUGGGGUCCGCUGCGAGCACUUCUUUUUAACCGUCCAACAGCCCUUGAGCAAAGAAUAUGUCGCUUUGACUGUGAUUCUCGUUUUCUUGUUUCUCGUCGUCGUUGCCGGUUCUAUAUACUACUUCUGCAGAUGGUACAGAAAUCAGAAGAGUAAAGAACCAAAGAAGGAAUACGAAAGGGUGACGUCAGGGGAUCCAGCAUUACCACAAGUCUGAGUGCUGCCGUCCAGCUAUGGGCAGGGAUGCGCAGCGUGCCUGAUUAUGUUAAUAUUCCUAUUUUAUUAAUAAUAUUUAUGUUGGAUCAUGUGUUAAGUCAACAAUGGUGCAUUUUUAAUAUACUUGGAAAAGUUUUUUAUUUUUGUUUUAUUUUUGACAGACUAUUUGCUAAUGUAUAAUGUAUACGAAAUAUAUAAUAUAGAAAGAAGUCCUAUUUUUGUAAGAAAUAAUUUCCUGGGCCAAAUGCUUUAGCUUCAAAGCUCAUUUGCCAGCUACACAAUGCUUAGGAGUGAGCGAUGUCCAGUUCAUCACUCAGGAAGGGUCAGCAAAUGACAGAUUCCUGUGAAGCCUAAAUGUAUAUGGUCAAAUCGAAUGAAUAUUUUCCUACUCCUCACAUGAGCGAUAAUUGAUUUGACUGUAUCACAGUUUGAUGUAUGUCAUGGCACCACUGUGUCAUGUAUUAAAACACUAAUGCAAUGGGAAUUGGGGAGAAGCGAGUCUAUAUCAUGUGCUAAGCACUACACGCAGGGAACGAAGUAGACCCAGGAGGGCUGUAUCCUUCUGUCCCUACCCUCAGCUCUGAUUCCAUGGUGACUGGCCUGGAGGGCAAGUGGACAGUGCCCUCUGCCAGUUCACAACUGUGGACACAAGUCACCCAGCUGCAGAUUCUUCCUGCAUUAAAGGAAUUGACAACUUCAUUUUAUGCCAUCUUUUAUGUAAAUAGUAGGUGUUUUCUAGCUUCACGAUGUUUCUUGAGAAACAUAUGUUCAUGAGAAAAUU